AUGGCCCCUGGUGGAGUCGAAUUCCACGUGGGCGCAGGAGAAUCUGCACACAAUCCGUUGGGCGAGGCGAAAGAAAGCGAGGCUAUUCGUGUUGCUGCUCGGAAUUUCCCCGUCAGCGACGUCGCACGCGCAGCACUGCGAAGUGGACCGAUGCUGGCCGAUGCCAUUUUCUGUCUGCCUGAGGCAGUAGACGAGACCAGCCCCAGAGUCUCUGCGGCAUCUGGUGAUUAUCGUACGAAGAAACAGUCGCGAGACCGUCUCCGUCGUCGUGUUGACCACUUUGGGGCGGUCGCGCCGCUGCGCAGGAUGUCGCGCAAGUGGCUCGCCCAUCUGCCUCUCGAGACGCCGACCCUCCAUCCUUCGUAUAAGACCGUGUUGCAGCUUGCCGACGCCCGUGGCUGGAACAUGGCAGGUCACGUUGGCGGCGCUGCGAACGACCUCUUUGUUUUGCCUGUCGUGCAGCGCGAGGCGGCUGUCUCCUUCGCAACCCGCCUCAGUGUCGGGGUCCGCGUCCGCACACCCUUCGUCCUAUGCGAUAGAUCGAAUCGCAGCGGCCAGCGUUUCGCGGCCAGUCUGCCCACCACUGCUGCCACCGUCUUCACAUGGUUUGCCGGUGUAGACGCCGUCACGUCCUCCGGGACCAUCGUGGGGGCGCAGGUGAGCGUGGCCACCGGCCUCUACUUCAGUGUCUUUCCUGACCCUCCGCCGUCUGCCACCCUUGCCUCCGUCCGUGGCCCGUUCAUGCCAGGAACCUGA